AUGAUGACUGAUAAUGCUAUCAAGAACCAUUGGAAUAGCUCUUUGAAGAAGAAGUUAGACUUUUAUUUGGCUACUGGAAAUCUUCCACCUGUGGGUGGAGAUGGCCUUCAAAAUGGUUGUAAGGACACCACUGGUACAGCUUCAGGAAAGGCUCUCGUUUGCUGACAUAAAGGAUCAGAUUCAACAGAGCUUGCUUCAUCAGGAACUACCGACGUAUGUAAAAUAGAAAAUGGUAAGAAUCGUCAAGAUGCCAAACUGAAUAUCGAUGCUUCCAAUAGUGGUCCUCAAAAUGAGUCCGCUGAUUCUGAAGUUGUUAGGUGGGAGGCACAGUCACCAGCAAUAGAUGCUAUCCACGUUAAACCAAUUACAGAAAUCACGUUUGAAGGAUAUGGAGCGAAUAGUGAAGUUGAUCAAUUUAAAGUCAUUGAAACUCCAUUUGCUUGUGAAAUACCUACAUGUGGUACAUUGUAUUACGAACCUCCACAGUUAGGAAGUUGUAUUUCAAUGGAUUCAGAUCAUCUAAAUAAUCGAUGGGCUCAUUGUGAAUCUGAUUCAAGUCCAAGUUUGUCACCUAGUUGUUUCUUUACUCCACCCAGUAUUCUGAAGGGAAGUAGUUUGUAUGCACAAACCCCUGAAUCCAUACUGAAAACUGCUGCUAGAAGCUUCCCGGCCAAAUACACGCCUUCCACAAUCAGGAAGAGGAAGUUGAGCUCCACGCCAGGUAAUGAAAUUAGGAAUGCAGAUGGAGAUAUGAGUAAGGAUGAAGUGCGUGAUGCUUGUGAGGAGAAACAAACCGACAGUUCAGAAAAAUAUGGCAUGAAUAGGGUGUUAGAAAUAUAA